CUCUUCCUAAAGCCCGCUCAAAACACAAGUCGUGUAAGUUUGACGUCACGGCGGCGCUGACAUAAAAUCCGGGAACAACGCCUACAUACGUAUUUCUUAAUGGGACUGUUUUCCACAAGCCGGCUGUGAAGUACGAAACAAGUCGUACUAAAACAUCUUCGCAAAGGACACAUUCGGAGGAGUAAAAGAUUUACUCGGGUACCCUGCAGCAGAUGGGAGCGGGGGAAAUUUGCAGCCGCGGCGAUCAUUGGGCGUUUUUAUUAUAUAAGACGUCCCCGGCAGUAUAGAUUCGCCCUGGUGUAUGAAUUAUUCAUCACAUGCGAACUCUCGCAUUGCUGCGCAUGGUAUGAAUCUCAUUAAUGCAGCCUAGCUGGCUGUGGAGAGACAACGCGCUUCGCUGAACCACCAUCUCACUGAUUUCUGCCCCUUCUCCUGACGGCCGAGUUCUCGCCGUUAACGUCUAUUCCUGUGGAAUUUAUCUCUCUGGUACCGUUACUGAAAGAAUGUGAGUCUCCGACGGUAGCUGUUAUCCCCUAAACCGAGGACUCUUUCCUUCCACGACGAGAGGAGCAACCAGCGCUCCCGGCGCAAAAUCACGCGAGCAGUAUGGGACAACACGGAGAAGCAUCUGAAUCAAUAUCCGGCCCCGCGGUCAUCGGGACGGUGUGCAGCGUCGUGCUGACCAUCGCCGUGUCCGUCACCGUUUGCAUCUGCCGCUGUCACCGCCGAAAGCUCCUCCGCGAGACUUCUUUUGGAUCCUCGUCCUCGUCCCAGAGCCUUCCCAACAACGGGCGGAGGACGGACAGCUCGUCCCCGAGGAGCACGAUCAGCGACCCGUCCAAGAGGAUGUCGCCGGUCUCUCCCGCCAUACCCAUCCUACCUCAGUCCUUCUCCAUGCCUCUUCCUCAGACCAAAACCUACAUCAAGACGUCGUCCAGCGACACGCUGUCCAUCGACCCCGGCCUGGUCAGCACCGACUACUGCAUCGAGAACGAGGUGAACCAGCGGUCUCCGCGCCUGGACGCGAUGGAGAACAAGCUGGAUCAGAUCCGGGAGAGGAUGGAGACCGUCCCGCCGCCAUCAACCCUCGGGACCCUCAACUUCAGCGUCGGCUACGACAUGCAUAAGAGCGCCUUCAGAGUCACCAUCCACAAGGCUAACGACCUGCCCAUCCGGGACCCGCAGAGCGGCUCGGCAGAUCCUUACAUCAAGCUGUGUCUCCUCCCGGACAAGAAGCACAAGGUCAAGACACGAGUCCUCCGCCGCACGAGAAACCCCGUCUUCGAGGAGACGUUCACGUUCUUCGGCCUGGAGCGCGGCCAGCUCCCGGGAAUCUCGCUCCACUUCUCCGUCCUCAGCUUCGAUCGCUUCUCGAGGGAUCACCUCAUCGGGGAGGUCACCAUGUCCCUGGCCAAGGUCGACAUGACUGAGGGAGAGGUCACCAUGACAGGCGAGAUCGUUGGAAAACAGACAAAGCAGCAGCAGAAGCCUUCUGGGAAGGGGGAGAUUCUGGUGUCCCUGUGCUACCAGCCCGCCGCCAACAGGCUGUCUGUCGUCAUCCUCAAGGCCAGGAACCUGACGGGCUACAACCUCAUGGGACCUGCUGACCCCUUCGUGAAGCUGUGCCUGUUGCAAGGAGACCAGAAGUUGGCCAAGAAGAAGACCCACGUCAAACGUCACACCGCCAACCCGGUCUUCAACGAAUCCUUCAUCUUCGACGUCCCGUCGGAGGGUCUGGAGGACAUCACGGUGGAGCUCCAGGUGCUGGACCACGACCGGGUCUCCAAGAACGACCAGAUCGGGCGGCUGACGUUCGGCGGCCGGGCAAAGACGCCCUCCACCCUCGAGCACUGGAAGGAGGUGUGCGAAAACCCGCGGAGGCAAAUAGCUAAGUGGCACGAUCUGCAGCAGGGACAUUAAUCGAAUCACUGAAGAUAUAUUUUAAUCAAUAAAUCAAUGAAUAAAUCGAUCAAUCGAUCGUAACUUCUUGCAUAUAUUCAGCUUAUCCAAGCCGUGUUUUCACAAACAAGAAAUAAAGAAUUUAUCUAUGAAUAACCAAGACGUACUAAUUAUAUUUACUAUAGACGAAAGAUCUAACACUCGUUCUUAAUUGGCUAUGAAACUAUAUAUUCCGUCCCCCUUUCAGGAUUCCAUUAUUAAUCAGGAAAUUGUCAUGUAAUUGCAAUUUUGUGUUGUUGUUCUCAGGAUCCGGAUCAAAAGCCUCUCAUUUGUAUGGCUAAAUACUAGCGACGCGUUCACUUUUAUCGUUUGGGCAUUAAUGGCAUUUAACCAACAGUAUAACAUUGCAUGUAUUAUCAAUGUUUGAUUCCUGUACGAGUGAAGGAAUGACUUCUUAGCUACAGUCAAACAUAACAGAAGUAUAUGUGUGCUGCUAUUGGUAGAAGUAGGCGCAAGCCAACACGCAAAUGUUGUCUUUCAGGAAAUAGGGCGCUUUGUUGUCUAUUUUGUCCCCAAACGCCAGACCUUGGUAAGCAAACCUGGGCAAUUUCAGAAAUUCAGAAAUUAAGUUGCAACAGUGUCGGUCAAUUUGAAUGCGAAUUUGCGUUAACAAAAAUAGUUUUAUUAUUUCAACAGAUACAGGAUCCAUUCCAUUCUUUGACUGAUUCUGAGGUCUUCACUGUCCUUUGACUCGAAUAUCAUCCCCGUUGACAUCUGUAUUUGGAAUGGUUGAAGUUUUCUUACCAAAGUCUGUCACGUCCAUGUAAAUAGAACGCUGAUUGAAGUUCCGUGUUAGACGUUGGCAGGACCAGUCCGUACUGUAUGUCCUAGACUACAAGAGAACGGAAGAACUGUGAUGUAAUAGCCGGUGUGUAGGUAAUGUGCGCGCCUACAGACCAGUAACCUAACGUGACUGUAUGCAUUGGGUAGCACUGAAAGAAAGAGAUGUCUUGUAAAUGAAUCUUACCUCUCAUUGUUUUCAAUACAUGAAGACGCCGUGGGUUGAAAUGUAAAGUACAAGGCAUUUUGUGUAUCCCAGAGAAAGCUGUGGUGCAUCAGUCUUGUCUACAAUAAGUAGGGAAGUAAUGAAAUUCAUUACUUGAUGUUAUAGCCAAAUCUGUUACUUAAAAAUUCCUCUCAGCAGCUUGAGAAACCUUUAUCAAACAUCAAAAAUAAACAUACUAAACAGAAUGAUCAGGAGUUUAUUUGUAUUCGAAGUGAUUGUAUAAAUCUUUGUGAGGGCAGGGCCAAAUCAACCUAUCCUGAGAAACAAAGAUUUUCUAAAAGGAUAUGUAACCAUUACUGUGGCUAUUUUGAACAAUUAAGCAAAAUUAUUAAACAGGCGGCCUUUGUAACACAAUGAAACUUAGCAAUGAAGCCUUUUCGUGAUAGAAUAGCAAUUAGAUAUUGUCUUUUUCAUUUGUUCAGAACGUUUUGUACAGUCCUCUGGUUGUGUGGCAACAUUCGGAGACUUGUUUCCAUCCGGGUUAUUGUUAUGUUUUCUUGUAUUUCGUGGUUCCUUUGUAAUUGCCUUGUAAUUUGUAAUCUUAUUUUAUUCCCGUUUUAUGUCAAAUUAUGAACAGAUCUUUUCUAAAAGAAAUGAAACCAUACGCCAGACUUAAAAAAUGUUCCAUACAGUCAUGUCGUCGAACAAACUUUUAUUGUAACUAGUAUGGACAGGAAGUUAGUUAUUAAGAAACUUGUGCAUAAAACGCUUUGGAUAACCUUUUGGUGUUAUACCAAUUGCUUGGGUCUACAUUUUAACUAUGUCAAUUUGGGGUAGAAAAUGUGGAAGACGUUUAUUUUCUCAAUACAAACGCAGACUUGGGUAUCCGUACUUUUGGAGUGGAAUUUGUAAUAUUACUCUUGUUAAUCAGCGAUGUGGAACUUUACUGUUUUUGCUUAUAUGGCCACUCAAUAUAGGAGGUUGUAUACCGUAUCUACGGUCAUUAGCACUUAACACUUGACACUUGAAUCUAAACGUUUAAGAUUCUUGUUGCUUACAUUAUCAAAUUGAAUUUCGUAGAUAUCGAUUUGUGGGCAUAUGAGCCAAUGCCUAUAGGUAACUGUGAACAUUAGUACUGGAACUCUGUCAAACGACUUUUCCUGUAUAGCAUAGAGCUGCCUAAAUGUUUAAACUGGCAUUCUAAACUAGGAUUGACGAAGUGUUACACGUUCUUGACUUUUUCGGUAAAUAGGAAUACGUUACCCCGGUGAUUGGACGCAAAAUCAGGGUCUCGGCACCACAACACUGAAUAGGGUACUACCUGGGCUUCACGACGUUCACUCUUAGGUCCCCUUUCCACUAGACGGUGAUCGUUGAGCGACCGGUCAAUGACCCAAAUUUGCUUUGUGUGACUCAAGAUUUUAUCAUUUGGAAUAUGACGCAAGAUGUGAUUUUAAAGUUUAAGAGCUUGAAUUCCUUCCUUAUCUCUGGAAUUUGUUGAGCGACCUGCCAGGUCUGUGGUCUGUCUGCAGUCGCAGGGAGGUCGCGAUCUCUAAUGAAGAGGGCGUGUCAGUGAUGUCCAGAUUAUUGAGCAAAGAAAAUUCAACUACAUGAUUUUAAGACUUCUAUCUUAGAAUCUCGACCUUUAAUUGUUUAAAAAAAGAUGCUAUAUACCGAAUACUCGAUAUUAAUGGCAAGAGCCAGGUUGCCAGGAAUGAAGGCUGUCCCGGGCUAACUGUGGUAGGUGUACUGUACACUCAUCGUUGUUCAUCAAAACUCUUCAUAUUCAUUGUACUUACUGUAAAACUGGAAUUGUUGUCCGUCCACUUAAUUGUAGACAAACUCUAACUUAUGUAUAUAUAAAGCACUGUAGAGCAGGCAAGUCACUAUAUAGAGUAAAGAAAUGCAUUUCGCAUAUUCUAUAUUUUUCAUAUGUGAGAAUUGUAACUAUUAAACUGUGAAGCUGACGCAGAUCUAGGUUAACGUGGCGGGAAAUGUUGGUCAAUGUGUUACGAACUUAGAGAAAAUAAAGGACUUGUCGUUGUGACA